AUGGACAACAAGCUACGAAUUGCCCGCCAGAAACUCCUCGAUCGCGAGUCAUCCCACGGAGAGGUCUAUCUUGCGUCCGACCUUGCAUCACGUCUUGAAUGGCGAUGUGCCAAGGACUCGAACGACGAGCAUGUCGUUGUACUUCCAGACGAGUUCAGAAGCAUGAUUGCUGCUACGGCCGGUACUGGAAAGGAGGGAGAGGAGGAGGACACGGUUGUUACGGUUAUAGCAAGAGUCUCCAAGACCAAUACUUUCCUGCCACCUGACGGCCACUACAAGGACGGCUCCGAGUCACGUUUCGCCGAGACCUUAGCAGACGUUACGCUCUCUGUGGCACUGGAGGCAGUCACUGAAAAUGUGCAGCUCCAAAACGAUUUCAAGGCCUACCAUGCGACGAUCGAGCGCCUUCGGAAAAGCUUGAAAAAGACUCAAGACCCUAGCCGUUGGGGGUGGGGGCUUGAAGGAAUCCUGAUCAAGGACGUCGAUAAAAUCAAGCUACGCCAUCGUGUGUUUCUACCAAGAAAAUCUACCGAUCCUGAAGAAGAGUUGAUUGAAGGAAUCCUCGACACAGACCCCUUCAAAUCAGAGUAUACACUGCGGGGGUAUCCGCUUCAACACAAGAGGGCUCAGGACGAGCGGGAAUUAAUGGUCACCGAUAAGACCCAUAAACUCAACCUUUUUGGCGCUUACGACACCAAGGGGCGUAUAAUACCCCCUUCUCUGGUUUCUGAAAGGCUCCGGGGUGCUAUAGUCAAGGUUUACUUCACCAUCAUGCACGUACCCAUCAGUCAGAAAUCCUUUCAUCGUUUUAGUGCCGAUGUCGUUUCCAUUCGAGUCAUUAUUCCACCAAGUCCGCCCUCUACACCGCACCAUUCGACCAAACGAAAGUCUGCACGAGACCCAUUUGGACAGGACGACGACGACGAGUCUCCGGAAGACUCAUCACCUUCAAAGAAGCGGCAUUUGACGGACUUCUUUGCUCUUCGAGCUGGAGCACGAUAG